UUCAAUCAUAUGCUGUCAUGUAAAGAACUUAGCAUUUAGAAUUUAGCAAACACUACUAUUAUGCAUUGCUUAGAUUAAAUGUAUCAUCGUAAAAGGUUCCUCUUUCCACUGAACUCCUCUGUAACACCAGCAGUACGGUGGAACACGUUUACAGCCUGAUAGACAGGCGCUGACCGGAUGGGGCAGGCCUUAGGUAGGAGCGGCGCUGGGGACAGACGCGGAAAUUCAGAAGGUUGGUCAGGAAGUCGUUUGCUUGAACGGUAAAAAAAAAAAAAAAAAAAAAAAAAAAGUUUGACUAGCGUUGUCAUUUCAAAGCAAAGGGAGUAGACACCGUUAGAUUGAGAAAAUAGGCAGCAAGUUACCUACACCUAACGGCCAUAAAGAGGGGGAGGGAGGCACGGAGGAAGUCACAUACAUUCAGGAAAUAUUUCACGUGGAAUUUUUGAAAAUAAGAAAUGGCUGACUCCAGCAGCAGCAAACCAUUUGUAGUGACGUCCUCCCUCUCCCUCAAAGUUACCGCCCCUUCCUUUUAUAACCAACCAAAAAAGUUUGCUUCUGUGGCUCCGCCCCGCCCUAAAAGCCAGACCGGCCCGUCAGCAACGAGCGCAUCACCUGCCAGCACAGCUGUCAUUGGUCGAGUUGGAGAGCUGCCCCCACCUCCUCCGGCCCUCUGUGAAGAUUUCCCACCCCCUCCUCCCCCUUUGGAUGAUGCUGAGCUACCAGCCCCACCCCCAGAAUGCCAGACCACACCCCCUGCCUCCGAGGCCCCCCUGCCUGCUUUCCCUGCUCCUCCCCCUCCACCCGAGGAGGAUUUGCCCCUCCCAUCUCCACCUGAGGAGGAAGCCCCCCUGCCUGGUUCCCCUCCGACCCCUCCUCCCCCUCCACCACCCCCUCUCCCUGCUGCAUCCAGUAACGGCAAUAACUCACAGAGGUUCCUGGAGAAACAGACCAGCUUCGACAGACAGCUGGAUUCCCUGACUGACAUGCUGUCUGAGAUGGAGACCAGAGGACCCUUUAAUCCCAAGUUGCCUAGUCAAGUCCCACUGGUGCCUGCACCCAAGCCAUCUGGUCCACCGCCCACCGCCCCAAAACCACCUCUCUCAUUCCUGCCUCCCCCCGAGCUGCAGGAUCGCCCACCUCCGGCCCCAUGGGCAGAGGAGCUCAAACUCAGGCAGACGAACAGACAGGCCAAUCAAACUCCAGCAUCUGCCCCCAGUCAACCACAACCGGCUGCAAAGGGUCCGACCGCCGGAUCUAAGCCGACUUUCCCUGUCAGUCAGAGCACACCGAGCAACGCAAGCCCCGGUUUUGGCCAGAAAGCUGGGGUUCUGGCUCCCUCUGUUAACCAGAAGGGCACGAACAAUAACCCCACUCCGUUCGCUGCUAAACCCACCCCAUCCAGCUCUUUCCCCCCACCACCCCCUCCUGUCAAUCACGCCCCUUCCAGCAACCGCUCUGUUUCUCCAGCCUUCAAUCACUCAAAAGCCACUCCACCCAGCAGCCAGGGACAUGUGAGCAACCCCCCCUCUGCUCCGCAACCCAAGCCCAUGACUGCACCCCCUCCUCCGCAAGGACAGCCAAAGGGACCUCCCGCCCCCAAGGCCUCCUCAGCCACGGGGUCUGGAGCACCGCUUUCCAUGAGGGAGGUGGAGGAGCUGGAGAGAAUGACACAGGACUUCAUCAAGGGCAUGGACGCUCACGCCCCCGUCAUCACGUCACCUCCCACAGAGGUGUGUGGGAAGUGUGGCGAGGCUCUGUCCCGGUCCCAGCCGGCGGUGCGAGCGAUGGACAGACUCUUCCACUCAGAGUGCUUCAGCUGCAUGUCCUGCCACCGUACGCUACAGGGCAUGCAGUUCUACGACCGGGAUGGGGAGCCACAGUGCGAGGACUGCUAUGUCAACUCGCUGGCAGUGUGUGCUCGCUGUGGGGAGCGGGUGACUGACCGGGUGCUGAAGGCCGUCGGCCAGAGCUUCCACGCCCACUGUUUCCGCUGCAGCACCUGCAGCUGCAGCCUGGAGGGGGCGCCCUUUAUCACGGACGAUAAUAACAACCCUUACUGUGUCGCCGACUACCACCGCCGCUUCUCUCCUGUGUGCGUGAGCUGUAAGGAGCCCAUUGUGCCUGACCCAGGAAGCGAAGAGACCGUCAGGGUCGUGGCUCUCGACAAGAACUUUCACCUUAAGUGCUACCGAUGUGAGGAUUGUGCACGGCCUCUUUCCAUAGAGGCAGACACCGAUGGUUGCUACCCGUUGGAUGGUAGGAUUCUCUGCAUGAAGUGCCACACCCACCGUGCCAAACAGGCUGCGCAGUGAUUGGUGAAGACCCCUGCCAGUAAAACCCAAACCAAAUCAAAAGGCAAAGAAUUUGUUGAAAUUUGAUAUUGUGUUUGUGUUGGCAUUUGUGUGUCGAUGGUUCCUUGCUUUUUUUUUCCCCCUCCUCCUC